CCUACGGCCGGCAAUGAGAAUUUGUCAUUAGAUCAUCUCGGUUUGGCGGUGCACGCGAUCGAACGUUUCUUAUUUUUUGCUAAAUUUAGGCAGAGUUCCUUACAAAAUGUCUACACCCGAAGUAGAAGACCCCAAAUCCAAAAAACCUAACCCGAGGUGUUUUUUCGACGUGACAAUUGGCGGAGAGAAAGUGGGGCGAGUCUUAUUUGAGCUGUUUGCUGACAAAGUCCCCAAAACUGCCGAAAACUUCAGAGCAUUAUGUACUGGAGAAAAAGGAAUUGGCCCAAGUACAGGCAAACCAUUACACUACAAAGGAUGUCCUUUCCACAGAAUUAUCAAAGACUUUAUGGUACAGGGUGGGGAUUUCUCCAACAAAAAUGGCACUGGUGGAGAAUCAAUUUAUGGCGAGAAGUUUGCUGAUGAAGAUUUCACUUAUAAGCAUGAUAAACCUGGCUUAUUAUCGAUGGCGAACUCCGGCCCAAAUACCAAUGGGUCUCAGUUCUUUAUAACUACCGUACCCACACCACACCUGGAUGGGCGGCAUGUAGUAUUUGGCAAGGUACUAAAGGGGAUGGAUGUUGUGCGGGAACUUGAGGCUACUCCAGUUGAUGAUAGCAGCCCAAAGAGUCCAUGUAUUAUUGAGGAGUGUGGUGAAUUAGCACCUGGUGAAGAUGAUGGCAUGAGUGUUGACGAUGGCACAGGUGAUGUUUAUCCAAAUUGGCCAAAAGAUGCAGAUAUAGAUUUCUCAAAGGUUGAGCUAGUUGUUGAAGUUGCAGAGAAGCUAAAGGUCAUUGGAAAUGAGCAAUUCAAACAACAGAAGUAUGAGGUUGCAAAAAAGAAAUAUAAAAAAGCUUUGAGAUACCUGGAUGAGUUUAAAAACAGUGACAGUUCUGAUUCUGAUGAUGAAAAAGAAGAGGAGGAUGAGACUAAUAAAAAAGUGGAAGACAAUGCAAAGAAAAUGGCAGCAAUUGCACUCCCAUGCUAUCUUAACAGUGCUGCUUGUAAAUUAAAACUUGCUGAAUACCCCUCGGCUAUUGAAGAUUGUAAUGAGGCCCUGAAGCUUGAUGCUAACAGUGCCAAAGCUCUGUUCAGAAGAGGCCAAGCCAACGAACACAUGAAAGAUUACGAGGAAGCAAUGGUCGAUCUGCAAAAAGCUUCUAAACUUGCCCCUGGCGAUAAAGGUAUUAUAAACGAAAUGUCUAAAGUACGCAAGCUUCAAGAAGCAAAGAAACAGAAGGACAAGGCGAUUUAUUCCAAGCUAUUUUCAUGAUAUCGUUUCUUGCUGCAACACCAAGACUACCAAAUAGGACAUAGAGAAAACCAGCCCAAACGAACAAGAAUGUAGUAAUUAGAAUAGUUAUUAAUUUUUUUCUCAAGACCAAUCACUCUCUAUUGUACAUUAUUUUUAUCUUUCGCAUGGUCUAGUCUCUCUAGUCAAAUCUAGCUCAGAGCUCAAUAAACUACAUCAAGCAAACCA